AUGGUUGUACAAUGGGAAGAAGAGAAUAUAAAUAAUUCAAGAGGAACUAUGCUUUUUACUUGCAGAUGGUUGCCUUCAUCUUCUCCGAAGGCUCUUGUUUUCCUUUGCCAUGGUUAUGGCAUGGAGUGCAGCGAUUUCAUGAAAGAAUGUGGAACCAGGUUAGCUGCGGCGGGAUAUGCGGCGUUUGGGGUGGAUUAUUAAGGACAUGGGAGGUCCAAGCCCAAGGGUGCUCGAUGUUACAUUAACAAGUUUCAGAACAUCGUUAAUGACUGCCGAGAAUUCUUCAAGUCUGUAUCCAACUUUUCUCCUUGACAUGAUCCUUCUUUCUGGAAUGGUGCUGUUCUUGUUACACCAAUGUGUAAGAUAUCUGAGGAAGUGAAGCCACAUCCAAUGGUGGUGAAUAUGUUGACGGAAGUGGAAGAAAUUAUACCAAAAUGGAAGAUAGUACCAACCAAAAAUGUCAUUGACACGGCAUUCAAGGACCCUAUUAAGCGAGAAACAAUAAGGAAAAAUAAGUUAAUAUACCAAGACAAGCCUGGACUCAAAACAGCCCUGGAAAUGCUCAGAACUAGCAUAAGCCUUGAACGUGGUUUAAAUGAGGUGACACUCCCCUUCUUUGUGUUGCACGGGGAAGCAGAUAUAGUAACAGAUCCUGAAGUAAGCAAGGCCUUGUAUGAGAAAUCAAGCAGCAGUGACAAAACCAUAAAACUGUAUCCAGGGAUGUGGCAUGGCUUGACAUCGGGUGAGCCCGAUGAAAACAUCGAGAUCGUUUUCACAGAUAUCACAGCUUGGCUUGACAAGCAACUCCUAUAAACUUUAAGCAAUAAAGGGUUCGAAAAACUCACUAAUACGAGCAUUGAAACCUGGUUGCAGAACCCAAUGGAAUGGGUUCGUAGACAUCACUAACC